AUGCAUCUGAAGUCUGACCGACGUGAACGUCAAUGCACGUUUGGCGGAAACUCAAAGCAAGCGGCUGCUUCCCAGCUCGGUUCGAGAGGCAAGCUUAUCCUGAGUCGAGCAGCAGGAUCAGCUCGACAGGUCAAUGGCUCGGCCAGUGCCCCCGCUGUGUCGGAGAGCACCGUCACUUCGACGCAAAGCCGAGCAGAAGCCACGUGCGCUUUAUAUUGGACCAAUGGUCCGGCCAGUGCCCCCGCUGUGUCGGAGAGCACCAUCACUUCGACGCAAGGCCGAGGAGAAGCCACGUGCGUUCCUAUUGUACCAAUGGCCCGGCCUGUUCACCCGCUGCGUCGGAGAGCACCAUCACUUCGACUCGAGGCCGAGAAGAAGGCGUGUCCAUUUGCUAUUGCACCAAUGGUCCGGCCAGUGCCUCCACUGCGCCGGAGUGAACCAUCACUUCGACGCAAGGCCGAGGAGAAGCCACGUGCGCUUCGUAUUGGACAAAUGGUCCGGCCAGUGCCCCUGCUGCGUCGGAGAGCACCAUCACCUCGACUCAAGACCGAGAAGUUACGUGCGCUUCCUCUUGAACCAAUGGUCCGGCCAGUGCCCCCGCUGUGUCGGAGAGCACCAUCACUUCGACUCGAGGCCGCGGAGAAGGCGUGUCCAUUUGCUAUUGCACCAAUGGUCCGGCCAGUGCCUCCACUGCGCCGGAGUGAACCAUCACUUCGACGCAAGGCCGAGGAGAAGCCACGUGCGCUUCGUAUUGGACAAAUGGUCCGGCCAGUGCCCCUGCUGCGUCGGAGAACACCAUCACUUCGACUCAAGACCGAGAAGUUACGUGCGCUUCCUCUUGAACCAAUGGUCCGGCCAGUGCCCCCGCUGCGUCGGAGAGCACCAUCACUUCGACUAAAGGCCGAGGAGAAGCCACGUGCGUUUCGUAUUGGGCCAAUGGCCCAGCCAGUGCACCUGCGGUGUCGGAGAGCACCAUCACUUCGACUCAAGACCGAGAAGUCACGUGCGCUUCCUCUUGAACCAAUGGUCCGGCCAGUGCCCCCGCUGCGUCGGAGCGCACCAUCACUUCGACUAAAGGCCGAGGAGAAGCCACGUGCGCUUCCUCUUGAACCAAUGGUCCGGCCAGUGCCCCCGCUGCGUCGGAGCGCACCAUCACUUCGACUAAAGGCCGAGGAGAAGCCAUGUGCGUUUCCUCUUGAACCAAUGGUCCGGCCAGUGCCCCCGCUGCGUCGGAGCGCACCAUCACUUCGACUAAAGGCCGAGGAGAAGCCACGUGCGCUUCCUCUUGAACCAAUGGUCCGGCCAGUGUCCCCGCUGCGUCGGAGCGCACCAUCACUUCGACUAAAGGCCGAGGAGAAGCCACGUGCGCUUCCUCUUGAACCAAUGGUCCGGCCAGUGCCCCCGCUGCGUCGGAGCGCACCAUCACUUCGACUAAAGGCCGAGGAGAAGCCACGUGCGCUUCCUCUUGAACCAAUGGUCCGGCCAGUGUCCCCGCUGCGUCGGAGCGCACCAUCACUUCGACUAAAGGCCGAGGAGAAGCCAUGUGCGUUUCCUCUUGAACCAAUGGUCCGGCCAGUGCCCCCGCUGCGUCGGAGCGCACCAUCACUUCGACUAAAGGCCGAGGAGAAGCCACGUGCGCUUCCUCUUGAACCAAUGGUCCGGCCAGUGUCCCCGCUGCGUCGGAGCGCACCAUCACUUCGACUAAAGGCCGAGGAGAAGCCACGUGCGCUUCCUCUUGAACCAAUGGUCCGGCCAGUGCCCCCGCUGCGUCGGAGCGCACCAUCACUUCGACUAAAGGCCGAGGAGAAGCCACGUGCGCUUCCUCUUGAACCAAUGGUCCGGCCAGUGUCCCCGCUGCGUCGGAGCGCACCAUCACUUCGACUAAAGGCCGAGGAGAAGCCACGUGCGCUUCCUCUUGAACCAAUGGUCCGGCCAGUGCCCCCGCUGCGUCGGAGCGCACCAUCACUCCGACUAAAGGCCGAGGAGAAGCCACGUGCGUUUCCUCUUGAACCAAUGGUCCGGCCAGUGCCCCCGCUGCGUCAGAGGGCACCAUCACUUCGACUAAAGGCCGAGGAGAAGCCACGUGCGUUUCGUAUUGGGCCAAUGGCCCAGCCAGUGCACCUGCGGUGUCGGAGAGCGCCAUCACUUCGACGCAAGGUUGAGAAGCCACGCGCGGUACCUGCGCUGCCUACAGGACUAAUGGCCCAAUCAGUGCCCCCGCUGCGUCCGAGAGCACAAUCACUUCGACGCAAGGCCGAGGAUAACCCACGCGCACUUCUUAUUGUAUUGAUGGCACGGCCAGUGCCACCGUUGAGUUGGACAGCACCAUCACUUCGACUAAAGGCCGAGAAGAAGCCACGUGCGCUUCCUCUUGAACCAAUGGUCCGGCCAGUGCCCCCGCUGCGUCGGAGCGCACCAUCACUUCGACUAAAGGCCGAGGAGAAGCCACGUGCGCUUCCUCUUGAACCAAUGGUCCGGCCAGUGCCCCCGCUGCGUCGGAGCGCACCAUCACUUCGACUAAAGGCCGAGGAGAAGCCACGUGCGCUUCCUCUUGAACCAAUGGUCCGGCCAGUGCCCCCGCUGCGUCGGAGCGCACCAUCACUUCGACUAAAGGCCGAGGAGAAGCCACGUGCGCUUCCUCUUGAACCAAUGGUCCGGCCAGUGCCCCCGCUGUGUCGGAGAGGACCAUCACUUCGACGCAAGGCCGAGGAGAAGCCACCUGUGUUCCUAUUGUACCAAUGGCCCGGCCUCUUGAGCCGCAGCGUCGAAGAGCACGAUCGCUUCGACUCAAGGCCGAGGAGAAGCCACGUGCGCUUCGUAUUGGACCAAUGGCCCAGCCAGUGUCCCUGCUCCGUCGGAUAG